UUCGAUUCCAGAGAGAUUAGGAGCAGUCUUGUGAAGGCACAAUGUCGCCAAUGUCGCUUUUCUUGGUUGGACUAGCCUUUGCGGCAUUUUGGGGCUUUUUCCAGGUCUUAUACAACGUCUUUUUCCAUCCACUACGGAAAUUUCCUGGACCAUGGCUCGCUGGGGCUACGUCGGGUUGGAAAGCGUACAAGGAGGUCAUUAAGGGCGAGACACUAGCACAAGAGCUCUUUGAUCUUCAUAGGCGAUAUGGUGAAAUAGUCCGUAUUUCCCCAAAUGAGCUGCAUUUUGGAAACCCAAAUGCAUUUCACGACAUCUAUCACAGUAGCAGAAGAUGGGAUAAAGAUCCUGGUCUUUACCGAACACCUGGAGUUAAAUCCGGAUCCUUUGUGUUUUUGAAGUAUGACCAGGCUAAGGAACGAAGAGAGGUCCUCUUACCAAUUUUCUCUAAGAAAGCCAUUCAAAACCUCGAGCACUUGGUUUGGCGAAAUGCAACACGUUUAGCAUCUUCCAUCACGAAGGCGAAUGUAACACAAAGCUCUAUCGACCUUCUCUUUGCAUUUCGCUCUUACACUCUCGACACUAUCAUGUGCUUUACAUUUGGUAAUUGUGUCAAUGCGUUAGAGGCUCCUGAGUUUAGAGAUCCUUUGAUUCUGGCCAUGGAUGCUAGCUUGCGAGCUUUACCCGUGCUCAAGAACUUCCCUUUGGUCCGUAACCUGAUUUACGCUGUACCUCCUGGCCUGGUCAUGCGUAUUCUGCCGGAUGCCAAGCGACUGGCUCCACGGUUGUAUCAAGUUCGUGACUUGAUUCAACAGCAGCUGCAGGUCGUGUUACAAUGCCCGUCAAAACUGGACAGCGUGUCGCACCAAACCAUCUUCCAUCGAAUGCUUGACCCCCAAGCAUACCGCAGAAAGUCGGUUCCGAACAUGACUUCCCUGCAUGAUGAAGGUUUCACUCUCAUAUUUGCAGGUGCUAAUACAGUAGCUGACACAUUGCUCAUGGGUCACUGGCACACAAUGAGAAGACCAGAUUUACUCGCGCAGUUGAGGCAAGAGCUUGUUACAGUGUGGCCGAGCCUCGAUACUGAGCCGACGCUGAAAGAUCUUGAAGCUCUGCCGCUACUUACGGCAACCAUCAAGGAAUCUCUACGCUUUAUUCCAUCAGGUGUAUCCCUGACGCGUGUUGUGCCUCCCGGUGGCGCGGUAAUAUCGGGCAAACAUAUCCCGGGGGGCGCUGCAGUCGGUAUGGCAAUUCUACACGUGCACCAAUCUGCUGAGGUCUGGGGCGACGAUGUUCUCGACUUCCGCCCUGAGCGGUGGCUAGAGGACGGAAAGAAAGACCUGGAUCACUGGCUGGUGCCAUUCAGUCGAGGGCCGCGCAUGUGCUUCGGCAUAAAUCUUGCCUGGGCCGAGCUAUACAUCGCUUUUGCAACCAUGAUUCGGCGCUUCGAUCUAGCCAUCGACGGCACGACACCAGAAGAUAUGGAAUGGCGCGAGUGUAUCGCAGCCUACUAUCCAAGACGGCACCUGCAUGCCUGGUGCCACCCAGCCCAGUCAUAAAAGACAAUUUAAUGACUUAUUUAUUAAACGGGUUGUUUCGCAUUUAGAUCCCCCCCUUUUUUGGAUUAAUAUACAUAAAGAUAACCAUAAGCUAGUGCUAGGGUCAGGGUAGUGGAAAGAUUAAAAGCAUAUUAUACAAACCAACAUAAAUGAUUGGGUGAAGGCAGGAAGGUUAUAGAGUUAUCUAUGUAUUGUGGUGCUUAUAUAAAAUACUAACACACAAAGUAUGGAACUCAUAAGAAUUAGCAGUGCUUUAUAGUUUUAAGCAAGGGCUUCAGAUUGAAAAUAUUAUUUAUAUAUAUUGCUUCUAAG